AUGGGAAACAACCGAUCGCUGAUGAGUGAAGAGGAGGUCAAGGAAAUUAUGGAUGAGACCGAUUUCAACAGAAAUCAGAUCAUUCGUCUUCACAGCAGAUUCCAGUCGCUCGACAAGAAAGGCCAAGGAUAUCUAUCCCGCGAGGACUUCCAGAAUGUUCCAGAGCUGGCUGUGAAUCCCUUGGGUGAUAGAAUCGUCGACGCGUUCUUUUCCUUGGAUUCGUCGUCGUUUGGAUAUAAGUUAGCAAAAAAUGAGGAGCAGAAAUUGAAUUUCCGUCAGUUUGUGAGGAUUCUAGCGCAUUUUCAACCAAUGUCAAAAGUCAAGAAGAAUAGUUUGAAUUCCAGAAGAGACAAGUUGCUAUUUGCCUUCAAAAUGUACGACCUGAACAAAAACAAUUACAUCACUCGCGAAGAGUUCAAAACCAUUUUGAACAGUAUGGUUGGCGCCAAUAUUACACCGGAUCAGUUGGAAAAGAUUGCUGAUCGAACAAUGAAAGAGGCAGAUGCCGAUAACGAUGGUCGCAUUUCGUUUGAAGACUUUUGUAGAGCAAUGGAGAAGACGGAUAUUGAGGAGAAGAUGUCGAUUCGAUUCAUGAAUUGA